GUUCUUGUACACUGCAAUGCAGGGGUAUCACGCUCAGCAACCAUUGUUUUAUCGUAUAUCAUGCGAUACGAUAAAAUGUCAUUACAGGAUGCUCGCGAACAUGUUAAUGCAAUUCGGAAAGUGGCGCCAAAUCCCGGUUUCAUGCAGCAGUUGCUGAGGUAUGAAACGAAACUGCGCUACAACGAUGGCAGUGGCAAAUGA